CACAAAGCUUAAAUGAACGGGCGCGUUUUGGGGCAGAUUUUCGCAGAGCGUUUGACUGAACGGUUGUGCUUGACGACGCAGUCGCAUUAAAAUAAACAAGAGGAAGCAUUACUUGUAGGUCAAGGUUGCAAUAUCUGUGUAAUAUUUCCGCAAGAAGUGGGCUGUCCUUGAGACAAGGACAAAGCAUUGACAAACUUGCUUUAAGGGCUAACUUACAAAGUUACAUAAUCGAAAAAGAAAACAAAAAUGGCACAAAAAGUAUUGAGAAAUGUGACGCACUGCAUCUUCGAUAUGGAUGGCCUGUUGCUUGACACCGAGACCCUGUACACUUUGGCUACCCAAAUGGUGCUCGAUCCGUACGGACUGAAAUACACAUUUGAAGUGAAGGAAAAAGUUAUGGGACUGCAGACACGUCCUGUGGCAGAGUUCAUGGUUCAUUACUAUGAUCUGCCGAUGACAUGGGAAGAGUACGCGAAGCAUCAAGUGGAAAAUACACGAACUCUGAUGGGGGAUGCUAAAUUAAUGCCAGGUGCUGAACGUCUUUUGCGUCAUCUGCACGCCAAAAAAGUGCCUUUCGCAUUGGCUACCAGCUCGGGAGCCGAAAUGGUCGAGUUGAAAACCACAAAUCAUCGGGAACUCUUUGAUCUCUUCAAUCAUCGGGUCUGCGGUUCCUCCGACAAAGAAGUCAAGAAUGGCAAACCAGCUCCUGAUAUCUUUCUUAUUGCCGCCGCUCGGUUCAGUGAUAAGCCAAAGCCCGAAAAUUGUCUGGUGUUCGAGGAUUCGCCCAAUGGCGUUGCGGCCGGAGAAAGUGCUGGCAUGCAGACGAUCAUGGUACCAGAUCCAAGGCUUUCCAAGGAACGUUGCUCCCAUGCAACGCAGGUGUUGCGCUCUCUUGAGGAUUUUAAGCCAGAGCAGUUUGGACUGCCAGCAUUUGAGAAUUAAUUAAUGUUGAUCAUUGCUAAUCAUGUACCUAAUGUCUAGCUGUCAUUAAUAAAUGUAUACAUACAUAAAAUGUACAAUGUCCAACAUAAA